AUGCUUUCUGAAUGUGAGAGUGACCCAUUUGCCACCAGUGAUGAUAGCAAUGAAAUGGACUAUAUACCAACAUUAAGGAAAAACUCAACUCACAGUAGAGAUCCAGAUAAUAUCGAAAACUCAUCAGAACAUGAUAAAAAUGAGCCGAUGAAAACCAAGAAAAACACACAGAGAGACAGAGGAAUCCGGGUGCAUGGAGAAGAAAUGAAAUAA